AUCCAUCCUAUCCAGGAAGAAAGCUUCUCUCUUUUCCCCUCGCCUCGCCGGGAGGAAAUCCCCAAAACCCUAGCCGUCGCUGUCGCCGUCGCCGAUGCCGUCGCCGAUGCCGCGCAGACGUAGCCGACGCCCUCCCCCUCCACCACCAGAAUCAGAUGCAUCACCCCUUCCCGUGCCCUCCCCUCCCCCACCAGCUACAGCGUCGCCAUCAGCUGCAUCGUCCAGGUCCUCGGCCACCUCCCCUCCACCACCGGCCGCUGCAGCCUCGACAGGUCGCUCCCCUCCACCACCAGCCGCAGCCUCCACAAGCCAACCCCCUCCCCGCCACGACCCAACCCCCUCCCGGUCUCUCCACCAUCAGCUGCAGCCUCCACGGGAACUCUUCACCGACAUAGACGGGGUAUCUCGACGCCUCGUGGAUGUGAAUGUGACCGUGGAAGGCUGCUCCUACAGUCGGCCACAGCUUCCACCCUGUGAGGACACUGAGCAGGCAGUGCGUAUUGAGGCCCCACCAUCGCCAAACCACUUUCCACCUGUUUCGGCAUUGAUGCCAAGAGGAUUACUAAUUAAGUAUUUUCUGAGGGUUGAUGCUGGUGGACUCUUCCACACAUAUCCUCAUCGAGGUGGUCCGUUUAAGAGCUUACAAGAAGCUCAGGAUGCUAUAGACUCCUAUCACAUUAAUCUGUGUAAAUUCAAGUACUUGGGUGGGCUUUCCAAAGAGGACAGGUAUGUUUGGCAUACACUAUAUUGGCGUAAUGGCACAAGGAAGAACUCGAAAGAAGCUUUGGAUGUAAUGAUGAACUAUAACCCCACUCGGGAAGUAGUUAAAGCUUUACUGGACAAGCACAAUGAGGACCAUCUUUUGGAGGAUCUUGCAUAUGAAAUCAAGAAAGUUGUGAGUUACAAAGCUCACUUCCCAAGAAAAGGUUCUCAGCAUGAAUGCAGGUCCUUCUCACAUUUAAAUGUGCUUGUAGAAAGAGGACCUAAUGCCAUCGAAGAUCUUCUCUUCAUUGAAAUGACCUGCACAACAGAUGGUGAAUUUGAGGAAUACACGCUUAGUUGCAUUUGUGUGGUUUCAUCCGAAGAUGAUGGUGAGUGCUGUGAAUGCGGUGAUGAUGUGAAGCAUCCCACUGGUGCGGAGUACAAAAAGUGUGAAGCCAAGCCCCAUGUUCGGUGCAGGAAGCCUAUAUCAGAAGAAGAAUUUAAUGAGUUUAUUGUUGUGCGCGAUGAAGAUUGGCUGGAGACGGAAGAGGCUGCGGUGAGGCGGCAAUUCAGGAUGCGCAACGCAGCAGAUGGCCAUGGAGCGAGGGGCAAAUACAUCGUACCGGCAAAACGUGUGCAGGCAUAGAUGUAGAGUCGAUGGGGCCUAGUGCUUGCUUUGCUGUAUGCCAUUCUUGUGCUGCGUUCGUUUUUGGUACCUGUGAUGCUGAGUCAGUACUAUGUGUCUGAGUGUUUGGCUUGCUGAUGUAGAAGCCUCGUCUGGGUGGAGGAUAAGCUGGUGUGAAGAUCCUGUGCAGAACCCAAGUUUUGCGGGAGUAAGCUGGCAAAACGAAAGUGACCAUGUGCUUUGUUGGUGAUUUUGUUUGGUAAAGCAAUGUGCUCUUGCAGUGGAUGGUACCUACUUACAGGUAGCUUUUCAUGCCUGAGAGUCUCAAGACCUGUUUUGUUGUCACAGUGAAGUAAUCACGGAAAUGAUUGAGAAAUGAGAGUACAUCCGUGACGAGAGAACUUUUGUCAAA